CUAUGCGCAUGGUCUUGUCAACCAGCUGUGUUAUGAAACGUGACAUUCCUGCGGGGAUUUGCGAAGUUUGAAGUGUUAGAAUAAAGAAUUUGCUGGCUGCAAGAGAAAAAAGCCAAGGAGGACAAUGGCUCAAAUCCAGGUGUGGAAGAGACUCCUGGGUUCCCCGAAGCUCCUGGCCCCAGUUGCGAGCUUUGCUGGACAACGCCGUGGAGCGGGUAAAUGGGCACCAGAUCCGGAAUUUAUGAAGAAAUUCGACGGGCCCAUCAUGUAUCCGGAGACAAUCUACAAGACAUGGAAGCCAGUGCAGUGGAAUGCCAAAUUGCCACCAGUUGAGAAGAAGGUGAAGAAUACGACGAUUAACUUUGGGCCACAGCAUCCGGCGGCUCACGGGGUGCUCCGGUUGGUGCUUGAACUCGAGGGGGAGACUGUGGUGCGAGCAGAUCCGCACAUUGGGCUCCUUCAUCGUGGCACGGAGAAGCUCAUUGAGUACAAGACGUACACACAGGCUCUUCCUUACUUCGAUCGCCUGGACUACGUGUCGAUGAUGUGCAAUGAGCAAUGCUACUCGAUGGCCAUUGAGAAACUCCUGAAUAUUGAGGUGCCCCUUCGCGCGAAGUACAUCCGGACACUCUUUGCGGAGAUUACGCGACUCCUCAAUCACAUUAUGGCCAUUGGGUGUCAUGCCCUGGACGUGGGUGCUCUCACACCAUUCUUCUGGCUCUUUGAGGAACGUGAGAAGAUGAUGGAGUUCUAUGAACGCGUUUCCGGAGCCCGAAUGCACGCAGCCUACAUUCGCCCCGGUGGUGUGAGUCUGGACAUGCCUCUUGGACUGAUGGAUGACAUCUAUGAGUUUGCAGCAAAGUUCGGGGAGCGCCUUGAUGAGGUUGAAGACGUCCUGACGACCAAUAGGAUUUGGGUGCAACGAACAGUGGAUAUUGGGAUUGUUAGUGCCGAAGAUGCCCUCAAUUGGGGCUUCAGUGGGGUCAUGCUACGUGGCUCUGGCAUCAAAUGGGAUCUCCGCAAAGCUCAGCCGUACGAUGCCUACGACUUGGUGGACUUUGACGUACCCAUUGGGACAAAGGGGGAUUGCUACGAUCGCUACCUCUGUCGCAUUGAGGAGAUGCGUCAAUCACUGCGAAUCAUUGAGCAGUGCCUCAACCAGAUGCCCCCGGGUGAGGUCAGGACGGACGAUGCGAAGAUUGUGCCACCAUCGCGUGCUGAAAUGAAGACAAGCAUGGAAGCGCUGAUUCAUCAUUUUAAGCUCUUCAUCCAAGGAUAUCAAGUCCCUCCUGGAGCAACCUACACGGCCAUUGAAGCCCCCAAGGGAGAAUUUGGCGUUUAUCUAGUUUCAGACGGAAGCAGCAAGCCCUACCGGUGCAAAAUCAAAGCUCCGGGCUUUGCUCAUCUCGCCGCAUUGGACUACAUUGGGCGGAAGCACCUUCUGGCUGAUAUUGUAGCCAUCAUUGGGACACUGGAUGUUGUCUUUGGGGAAAUUGAUCGCUAAACCAGUGAUGUAGAUUAAACAAAAAAAAAACCGAAAUAGAUUGUUUUGAAUUCAAAUACAA